GGCCGCUACACAGUUAGAGAUCAAUGACGUCGAUCGAGCCGUGUGACGCAGCGUGUUGAUGAUGGGGUUUGAGGCAGGAGGCUGAUGGUUGGUUGUUAGGGAGCUGGCCGGUGUGGAGCUCAGAACGGGUGGUGUCAUGAAGGGUUAUGAGCAUCCCUCAUCAUCUCAUUAUUUCAAAGUGCUGCUGUAGUACUGUAUAGAGCGAAAUUGCACCAUAAGAUGUUUUAAAUAAAGGCGGGGGCCAGCUCCAUGUGGGCUUCUUGCUGUGGCUUGCUGAAUGAAGUCAUGGGUACCGGAGCCGUGCGAGGUCAACAACCAGGUUUCGGAGGAGGAGCUGGGCCAUUUCGAUUUACAUCAAAUACGGAUUUUUCUCCUUAUCCUUCCUCUUCCUCUAGCAGCAUUGUGUGUAAAGCAUGUGGACUAGCAUUCUCUGUCUUUAGGAAGAAGCAUGUGUGCUGUGAUUGCAAGAAGGAUUUCUGCUCAGUGUGCUCUACACCUCAGGAGAACUUUAGACGCUGCAGUACCUGCCAUCUGCUACAGGAGACAGACUUUCAAAGGCCUCAGCUAAUGAAGUUAAAAGUAAAGGAUCUGCGGCAGUAUCUAUCCCUUAGAAACAUCCCCACUGACAGUUGCAGAGAAAAAGAAGAUUUGGUAGAUCUGGUAUUGUGCCAUCAUGGCCCUUGUCCCACAGAAGAAAUGGACAUUAGUAUGGACAGCUCUGCAAGAUCUCGGUCCUCCAGCUUCUUCACACAUUCAUUUUUCUCUUCACCUUCUGCGCCUUCACCAUCAGUGUCCUCAUCUCAGGGAGAACUAUCUGAAAGAAGUGGUAGCACAGCCACAUCCCAGGGUACAUCUGAAAUAAUCUCGGCAUCUGAUACAGAACCGCAAGAACUACAGACAGCAGAACAGUCACGAAAGAGAGCAAGAGUGUCCCUGUCAGAUCUUUCAACACUGGAGGAUAUUGAUGGGCUCACAAUCAGACAGCUAAAGGAGAUCCUGGCACGGAACUUUGUCAACUACACGGGAUGCUGUGAGAAAUGGGAACUGGUAGAAAAAGUCAGUCGCUUAUACAGAGAAAAUGAAGAGAACAGAAAAUCUUUGCAGAAGUCAGAAAGCAAAGCAGACCCAGAGAAAGAAUGCCGCUCAUUGACAGGCAGUGACGACAACCUCUGCAGAAUCUGUAUGGAUGCAGUUAUCGACUGUGUGCUCCUAGAGUGUGGCCACAUGGUGACGUGCACUAAAUGUGGGAAGAGAAUGAGCGAGUGCCCCAUAUGCCGCCAGUAUGUGGUGCGCGCUGUCCACGUAUUUAAGUCUUAAGCAACCAGACCAAAAAUAUAAUGCCCCAGUCUCUAGGUGUGAUGAAAUGGAAAAUUCAGUUAUUCUGUACUGUAUUUGCUCUGAACAUGCAAGGAACAUCUGCUAGCAGAGCACUUAGUCAAGCAGCAUGGAGGAGUGUGUGUAAUCCACUUCUGGGGGUAUUUUAUAUAUAACAAAAUAUUAAAAAAAGGUAAAUCUGAAGUUAAAAUAGCAGAAAGUAUCUGUACAAAAUUAAAAUUGUUGUGCACCAUUCUGGAUCUGUGCUUGCACACUCUCCCGACUAUUGGGAUGUGUACAUAGUGAUGCCAAACCCCCUCUGUUCAGAGCUAUGCCACACACGGCACUAGUGGCAUUCUGGGAACUGCCUUGCGUCAGCAUGUUUCUUAGGCAACACUUGCAGGACAAGAGCUGCUCUCCAUUUUUCAAAAUGUAAUCAAUGCAUAUUUUUCUUCAUCAGUUACCAGUUUGGGGUUUGUUUUUUAUCUAUUACUCCAUAGCAGCAAUGAAAACUCCAAAUGUGUCAUAGCCCUUAGGGCAACAGUACACCGGGUAGGUUUGAGAGUUAUGUCCCCACAGGAUUCAGUAGCUACGUGGGAAGGGGACAAAGCAUUUGAAAUAACUACAUUCAGCUGCUUCCGGUGAGGUUACACCAGGGGGCCCCAACCUUUCUUACUCGUGAGCCACAGUCAGAUGACUUGGAGAGCAACACAAGCAUUAUAAUAAUUCAUGGAGGAGCCAAAUAAGGGCUAAGAUUGGCUAUUAGGCAGCCUCUAUGCACACUAUCAGCUUACAGGAAAGUUUAUUUCAUAGUAAAUCUUGUUUUUAUUCAACCAAAACUUGCCACCAAGUCAGGAAUUCAAAAUUAACUACCUGGUUUGGGGGCACUGAGAGCAACAUCCAAGGGGUUGGUGAGCAACAUGUUGCUCACGAGCCACUGGUUGGGGAUCACUUGGUUACACUAACUAGUCAGGUGACUGUUGCUUGGAAACAGACUGCAGGCAGUUGCAGUUGAUUGUUAACAAGUUCCCUGCUCAUGUGACUACUGCUCCGCGCAGGGACAAAAUACUUGCCUAUUGUCACAUUGCAAUUAACGCCCAAGUGAUUGUUACAGAGAAAAGUUAAUGCUUAUUGUGAAGACAGAACAGGGAGUACCAAUGGCCUCACAUGGAGCACCAAUGGCUGCACAUGGAGCUUAUCUAUAAAUUUGCUUUUUUUUUUUACGUUUGUUAUAAUCAUUUGCUGAAAAAACAGAAACUUUGCAUUAUUCCAGCCAAGUAGAAUUUCAGCAGGUCAUUUUAGUUCAAUGUGUUUUUACCCCCCGGAACUAAUAAUAUUACCAAGGGAAAGUAAAGGAAUUGGCAGAAUAAUAGUAAAAAAAUAAAAGAUUUUAAUUUGUCAAAAAAGGGCCAUCAAAUGUUAUGAAAUAUUGGUAUUUCAAUAAAAUGUUAAAAAAUGUUAA